UUCUCAAAUCCCAUGUAAAUAAAAUGUAUUCAAAUAAUCUGCUAUUCAUAACCCUUAACACCAGCUAACACACCUAACACCAGCUAUGUUCCACAAACUAAAAACACGUCAACAAAUGAAUUUAAUCAACUCAACCCCUGAACAAUAUACCUUCUCUUCCAUUUCAUCCCAAAAUUUCCUCCAGAAAUCUACCAAACAUCCUCAUCCAAGAACCUUUCCUGUUUUCCUUUUUUAUCACAAAAAAAAAAAAAAAAAAUAAACAAUCAACAGAAUCUCAUCCCAAUGCGAGGUGGUGGGUGCACGGUCUCUUCUCUCCUCUCCUCUUCUUGAGGUUACCUGAGAUGAUAAAAGCUCGCGAGGAAGCGAAGACGACACUGUAGUGCUGGUUUCGGGAGCGGGACAACCACGAGCUCCGAGAUGUCCUCGAAAACGAACGUUCGUCUGGUGAUUACCUGCGGCGUGAUCGCGGUCGCUGCCUCAUUGAGCCACUAUCAGCGUUUCACAGGAUCUGAACAAACUAAUCAAUUAGAUCAGGUUCUCUCUAGGACACAGCAAACUUCGCAGGCAUCGUGCCCAGAGAGGAACGGUCGUUUCCCUGUUCCUUCUCACUGCGACGCCUACAUAGAGUGCAUCGACGGUAUCGCCGAGGAGAAGUUUUGUCCCGAGGGCCUUCUUUUCAAUCCCGAAGCCAGAUUCAAUUAUCCCUGCGGUUAUCCCAUUGACGUCGACUGCACUGGCAGACCAUCUCGCCAGCCUGCACAGCCCACAGAAGAUUGUCCACAUCAAUAUGGAUACUUCAAGGUCGGAGACAGUACCCACUGCGGCCAGUUCAUGAACUGUGCCGACGGAAGGGGCUAUAUAUUCGACUGUCCGGAAGGGUUGGCUUUCAACCCUGAAAGCUACCGCUGCGACUGGCCCGAUCAGGUUCCUGACUGUGACGCUGAAGCUUAUCUAGGUUUCCGAUGCCCGGAUGUGGAGGACACGUUUUUGAAUGGACCACAAUUCUAUCGCAGUUCAAAUGACUGCCAGCGUUACUAUGUUUGCGUGAAUGGUCGACCACGAUUGCAAAAUUGCGGCGAUGGAAAUGCGUUCAACGACCUCAUUCGUGCAUGCGAUGCCGCGGAAAACGUCACUGGAUGCGAGCCUCCAGAAACGAGCCUGUUGAAUGAUCGAUUCAGGUCACGAUUUUAGGUAUGCAUUCCGAUACAACAACCUUGAAGUCUUAUAAUUCCUGAUUCGACGAGUGAAUAGUCUCCAAAAUUGUGCAUUAAUUAUUUUGUUCCUCCACAAGUCUAAGUGAAAAACAAAGGUCCUAUAAAAAUGAGUAGAUUUCCAAAAUCAGUAAAAUUGUAAUUCCCAAACAAUUAAAUAAAUUGAUGCAAUAACUGUAAAAUAUUUAUAAAAGUCUGAAAUCAAAUAUUGCAUCACUUUGUUGCUAUUGUUAGGAGAUUUUAGAAUAUGCAACGAUGCCAUAAGUAAUAAUGUAAAUACUUACUUU